AUGUGGUCUUUACGGGUCUACACCUACAAGAAGCGGGCAGGCCAGAGGCUCAACCUAACUCCGACUCCAGACCAAGGCCCGUCUGUGAAGACAGAGACCCGGCCAGGCCUGAAGGGGAAAGGCAAAGAGCACGGUUUGCCGAAGAUAGCAGAGACUGAGCGGAGCAGGCAGAGAGCUAGCGGCCCUGGACUGCCGAGCACUCAGUUAAGAAUUACAGGAGAGAGAAGCCUGCAAGAAAAUAGGACUCAGGUAGAGACCCAGAAUGAGAAGAUGGCUCCAUUGAGUGACUCAGUGACUGAGGACCUCCAGGUUGAUAGUAGUUCAUCUAGUAGUGAACUAGUAUCAGGACUAAGUUUGCCAUGUGAUGUUUCCAAUUCUCUCCUGAGCUAUUCAACCACUGAGUCUUACACAGAACCCAAGAGUACUGAAGAAGAAUUAGGUAGUUUCUCAUCACCUGAACAGUUCAGAGGAUCAUAUUAUUUGGAUUGGGAGUAUCCCAAGUUGAAAGAACACAAGCAAUGUAAGAAUUCCACUCUUCUGGAUACCAGUAAAGCGGUAACAAUAGAGAAGAUGCCACAGUUUUCAGACUUCUCUGCAAUUUUGAGUACCUCUUCAGAAAACUAUCAAAAAUGCAAUAGAAAAAAGUCUGCUCCUGAAAGCAGUGGAGGUAGAUCAGUAACUAGAGUUCAACUUUCGAAGCCCAUGGAACCCAUACUGAAAACAAAUUCCAGUACUCCUGAUAAGAAAAACAGAGGCCUAUUAACAAGUACUCCAUCUUCAGAGAGAACUGAUUUUGUGAUUGAUUUGUCUUCAGUGCAAAAAGCACCUUUUGAAGAACUUUUUCCAAAUAUCAGCAGUUAUGUUAAUUCAAAUGAAAUUAUUCCUGUGUCAAGUUUGCAAGAAAAUUCUUCAAAUGAGAUUUCUCCAAAUACAUCAGAAAUUUGUUGUAUUAUUAGGGCAUCACCAGGAACAAGACAAAUGAAAAAUAAAGCAGUUACUGUAAAGAAGAAACAUUCUCCUCCUAAAGAUAUUACUCAAGAUAUUAUAAUAAAAACAAAUGGCAGGAUAUAAUAACUGUGGCUGAAUUUUCACUACUCUGAAGAUAUGAACGUGAAGUCAAAAUCAAUAAAAGCAGAAUGCCUACCUGAAACAUGAAAUUAAAAAUUUUAAUUUGUGGUGUAUCUCUGUGUAGAAAUUCUGUUGUGGUUCUUAUCUUUUACUUUUAGUCAAUUAAGAAAAGAAACAUUCUUUUCAUAUGCUUCUUUUUAUAAAAUAUGUUUAUUUUUUAUUUUUAUGUGGUGCUGAGGAUCAAACCCAGUGCCACACAUGUGCUAGGCAGGCACUCUACCACUGAGCCAUAACCCCAGCCCUCAUAUGCUUCUUAAAUAUAUUUAUUUGUAUUGUAAAAUGAGAAUCAAAGAGCUGAUACUUGAAGACUGUACACUAAAAUAGACAAAUUUACUAUUUAUAAAGAACC